AGCCGCUAUGUUUUAGCAUAAUGACUUAACUUGACCCUGGACACUGUGUAACGUAACGUAGCGCUAGCUAGCUAGCUGUGGAGCCUUUAAUGUCUGGCCAGCCGGGAAUGCACCUUAAUAAAGUUAAAGUCUAAGUCCAAAGCUUGUGUUCUCUAGUCAGCAUUGUGAGUUUCUCACAAGCUAACGUUAGUAUGAACUAUUGACUGUGUGAACUGGCAACUCAGCUAGCUAGCUAGCCUUCCUAAAGCUAAAGCUGACUCCGCUACAAGAAGAAGAAGAAAAGAAGAAGAAGAAAAGAAGAAGAGUGUCAGUGUCAGCAGGGUCUCCAGCUUAUCCUCCUGGUUCUCACUGCCGGCAGGAUGUUGUGUUUGCAGACAUGGCCAGAGCAAGGCGGGAUCUGAGGACACAGGAAGUUCAGGUGGAGCCGUGGAGCGAGCAGUAUUGACGAGGAGGCUGGAGGGUUCAUGUCUGCUUCGUAAACGAAUACCCCGACUCUGGUUGUGGAGAACACCUCACCAUGGUGAAAACGGCAAAGAUGGAGCUGCUGAGGGCGCUCGUCAGCGAGUGUCUGUCUGCAGCCGCCCAGGAGAUCUUCAGGAUUGUGGAGAGAACCAUUAUAGAGUAUGAGGAGGAAAUAUCCUGUUCAAAGUGGGUGGUGGACAGCCACCGCAGACUGCUGGAUGUUGCCAAGUCACAUAGUGAAGACACUCUCCAGAUGUCUGCCACAGAUGUGAGGUUGCAGUCUGGUCAACAGCUGCCUGCCGCCAGGGUGAACCUCAGUGCAUGCUGGGAACCAGAAAACAACAGGUCAGAGCUGAGAGAAGACGGCCCCAACAUGAACAGCACUCGUCCAGACUCCUCUCCUGCCAGUGGCAACGAUCCAAGUGAUCAGGAGAUACUGAUUGAUAUUGAGGAUGAUGAUGUGAAGCAGGAGUGUGACCUGAACACGCCUUUAAAAAUUCUCAAAGUAAAGAAACCAUUUAGAUGUCCCAUUUGCCUGAGCGGCUUUUCUUCCAAAAAGACUAUGGUGCGACACAUCAAAAAGCACCCAGAUGACAAAUCACCGUCGUACCAGUGCCAGUUCUGUGCGCGCAGCUUCUGCCACAAGUCUGAGUUCAUCAUUCACGCCAGGACACACAAAGGUGCCAGACCAUACAAGUGCCAAGAGUGUGACAAAAGCUUUGACCAGAGGGACAGUCUGCUUGUUCACAGACAAAAACACACUGAGGAGAAACCAUAUCAGUGUUUUAGUGAAAAGGUGGAUGCACUCAGGUCAGUAACACCUGCUGGUAGGACCGAAGAACAGCUAGACUCCAGACAGGAUGAAUCUGGCAUUAAUACAUUUCCUCUUCCUCUUACUAUCACUCCGUAUGAUAAAAAUGAGUUCGAUCAGGAGUCGCUGCAGCCCCUCUGUCUUUACCAGAUCCAGACCGUCGCUGACAUAGAUAAAGACACACCGGCUGUGGUUCCAGUCGAUCACAUUAAAACUGAGUUGGCUGGAGCUGAUGGUGGUGUAUCAGAUGACCCCACAGACGAUCGGCCGCUCCUCUCAGUGAAUCAAGGCGAGACAGAGCCCAAACACCUCAAUGUAAAAAACAUCCUUCCGAGAAGACCUUCGGCAAAUUCCACCGAACUCAUAGUUCAGUUUGAAGCAGGAACGGCACAGAAACCCUACAAAUGUCCAUGCUGCACCAAAUGUUUCUCCCUCACUAAGACUUUAAUAAGACACGUAAAGAUUCACACAGAGGACAAACCGUAUCAGUGCCAGUUCUGUGGGAGGAACUUCUGUCAGAAGUCGGACCUGGUCAAUCACACGAGGAUACACACGGGAGAAAGACCAUAUCAGUGCCAAGAAUGUCACAAAUCGUUCGCGCAGAAAGGCAACCUGGUGGUCCACAUGAGGAAACAUACAGGAGCGAAACCGUAUCAGUGCCAAGAGUGCAGCUGCAGCUUUGGCCAGAAGGCGUCUUUAGACUGCCACAUGCAGAGCCACUCAUAGUUGGCAGGUUUGUCCAAAGACUGGCAGUCAGACCUCAGUAGCAGUUUUGGUACAGUUCAUGAGAAGCCGAUACUGUGUAUUCGACAAGGCUCACUCUGAACACACACUGUUAUUACUGACAGUGAAAUUCAACAAGUAGCAGCUGACAGUGGGACGGACUGUUUUUAACUUCUGAAUCAUAGGGUGGGAAAUGUUACUUCAGAUUAUAUUUAUGGCAGAGAACUUGGCUGCCAGAAGAAACCAGUGUAGCAGAACCUUCCUGUACAAGCAUGUGUUUGUGUAGGGAAAUUGUGGAGAAUGGAAAAAUGAUUUUUGUGAGGCCUGUAUUUUACAAAUCCCUAUAUUGUAUUCAAAGAUUUUUAUUUAUUAUAAGGUUAUAACAUUAUCUGGUUGUUUUAUAAUAAUAUGAUUUUGUGAAAAUAUGUGAGGAAUGUGUGUUUUUACAUAAAAUACAAAACUGUGUGAAA